GUCAAAUCUCGUAGCUCCUGAUGGAUCCACCACCUCUCCCACCCCUCCCCACCACCGCCCCUGCUGCCACCGCUGGCCAUCUCAACUGUCCUGACUCCAUUGAUUCUUCUCCUCGCUCCCGUCAUGCUGACACUUACGAAGACCCUCUGCCACCAGUCCCUGGUGCCAAGCUCCGCCUGAUGUGCAGUUACGGCGGUCACAUCAUCCCUCGGCCCCACGACAAAUCUCUCUGCUAUGUUGGCGGUGACACUCGCCUCGUGGUGGUCGACCGUCACUCCUCUCUUUCCUUUCUUUGCACCCGCCUCUCUCGUUCUCUUCUCCAUGGCCGAAGCUUCACCAUGAAAUACCAGCUUCCCAAUGAAGAUCUCGGCUCUCUUGUAUCCAUCACAACUGAUGAAGAUCUCGAGAACAUGAUAGAAGAAUGUGACAGAUUAACAUCAACUUCAACUUGUACACGGAUUCGUUUGUUUCUUUUCUUUAACAAGCCUGAAACUGCAGCCUCCAUGGGAUCACUUCUUGAUGAUGCCAAAUCUGAAACCUGGUUUGUUGAUGCUCUCAAUGGCUCCGGGUUGCUUCCUAGAGGGCUCUCCGAUACCACCAUGAACUCCUUGCUGAAUCUUGAUAAUGAUAACGACUUGGAGGCUCAACCUGAUGCUGAUCACAGCAGGGAGGUGAAGAACAUGGCCCAUGAUGUGCAUUAUUCUGCGCUAGAUUCGCCUAUUGUAGAAUCUAGUUCGUCUUUUGGCUCAUCUUCUUCCAGUCCUUCAAUGUCAAACUUGCCGCCUAUUCGUGUUCGUGUUGAGGAUCAGAAGAAUGGGAUGGAGGAGAAAUUUGCCCAGAUGAGUUUUGCUCAUGGUGGCUUUCAGAAGCAGGAUGAUGGAACAGUUGUUCACUCAGGUAUUCGGCCGCCGAUUCCGGUGAGUUUGGUUGGUUCCGGGGCUGGAACUGCAGUCAAUCAUACAGUUACGUCUGGUGAAAAUUCAAGUAGGAUUUUAUCCGAUGAUGAGAGAUCGGAUCAUGGUAAUCCUGUCCGGUUAAGGAAACCUCCAUUGCCAUUGCAGCCAGUUCAGCACAGAGCUGGUGCAGCUUACAACUUGCCCUCCCCUGACUCGGUUGCAAGUGAUAGCAGCAUUGCAUCUGCAAGUUCUCUUUCCAAGCCCAUGUAUCAUCAAGACCAAGUUGUUGCUGCACACAGAGAGAGCAGAGGUCCAUCGAGCCCAAUUGAAACAACUGAAAUUCCAAUUCCAAGCACACAAAUACAAGAUCCAGCUUAUGUUUUAGCUCCACAAUCAGAUCAACAACAUCAACAUUUACAUCAGCAUCAGCAGCCUCAGCAACAAUUUGUACACACCGGCAUGCACUAUGUUCCUCAUCCUGCAACCAAUGCAGUCCCCAUUUCAUCCUACUAUCAUCAGAUGUAUCCGCCACCAGCACAACAGCUUCCACCUGCUGAUCCGCAAUACCCGGUUUAUGUAAUGCCAGUUACUCAAUCCCAGCCAUUCAUGUCAAUGCAGUCUAAUUUAGUUGAGUCCAGUACUGUUGUGGCCUCAAGCCGCCCGCUGACGCCUCCAACUCCUGCAUCGAUUCCGCCUAUUUACCCCACAAAAGCAGCUGCUCAAGCCAAACCUGAGAUGCCUGGAAAUGUAUACAGAACGGCCGUGACUGCAACUCCUGCAUUGGUCCAAAUCCCUGGUAAUCAAUUUCAGCAGCAGUAUGUUGGCUACUCUCAAUUGCAACAUCCUUGUCAGUCUAUUGCGGUUGCUAGUUAUGGUUAUGAGUAUGGUAAUCCUGUUCAUGAACAAGUUUACUAUGCAUCAUCGCAUCAGGCUGCCUCGUUGCCUUCUCAGCACCAAAGCAUGACACCGGCUGCAGCAGCUGCGGUAUUGGCCGAUGCCACAAAACAGAUGCCUGCAGAUGACACUAUGCAGGAGAUCAGAACCUCACAGGCACUCUGAGGCCUUUUGGACAAUGGACAACAAUACUUGGAGGAAUAAAAAUAUCACUUUUUUUUU